GUUGCAGUGAUGGCGGCGGCGGCCUAUUGUGUCGCUGCUGGAGCGGAGACGGAGGAUUCCGAUGAUGGCUGGUACCUGGGCUGUGACACUUACGAUGAUAUUCAGGCAAUGGUAGUGAAGACUCCUCAAGUAAAAGCCAGUUCAGAAGAUGAGCCUUCGUUAUUUGGGCUAUCAAAAAACAAUAAAAAGAAAAACAACGAUAAAGAUACAGGAUCUUUAAAAGAAGCUUUAGCAUCACAAAAGUUACAUUUGGUCGAACAACUUCUCAAUUCAGGCCUCGAUGUUGAAACACGUUUUGGUUUUGGCUGGACGCCGUUGAUGUAUGCUGCAAGUAUAGCAAACUUUGAAAUUACUCGUCUCCUUCUCAAUAGAGGUGCUAAUGCAAGUUUUGCAAAUGAUCAGUAUACAGUGUUGAUGGCUGCCUGUGCUAGUAAUGAGCCUGAAGAAAAAGUGGUGAAGUGUAUAGAGUUGCUGUUGUCCAGAAAUGCAAAUCCAAAUACUUUCAGCAGGAAUCAGAUGACCCCACUAAUGUAUGCAGCUAGAGAAGGACAUACUCAGACUAUUACACUGCUGGUUGCUCAUGGCGCAGAAAUAAAUAUUCAAGAUGAAAAUGGCUACACAGCACUUACAUGGGCAUCUUGUCGAGGCCACCAAAGUACAGUGCUGAAGCUCAUUGAGUUAGGAGCUGAUAAAACAUUGAAGACCAAAAACGGAGAGUCGCCAGCUGAUAUAGCUGAGAAAAAUCAUCAUCCACAGUUAGCGUCAUUACUCACAGUGACUUCAAAUUCACCCUUAUUGGGAAAACUGCAGAAUGUAUCAAAAGAGGAGGCGAUUUUCAAAUAUGUCACAAAUCAUUCUAAUGCCGGAAAGAACAGCAGAAUAUGUUCAACUUCAUAUUUUGGUGAUGUACAACUGUUUCUGUCUGGACUUGAACUUGAACAUCUUCAAGGCCUAUUUGAGGAAAAUGAGAUAUCUUUCAGAACACUUUUGACAAUUGGGAAAGAAGACCUAGAAAAGAUUAAAAUUACUGAUCCUGAUGACCAACGGAAAAUUUUGGAAGCAGUUUGUGAAAUGCAGCCAGAAGAUCUACAAGUUGCUCAGUUACCUUCACUGGACAAUUUUGAUUGCAGCAAUGAAGAACUUACAAAAUUUUUGAUAAAGCUGAAGAAGCACUGUGGUCACUUAAAGUUAACAGUUCAGAAUGUGGCUAACCAAUUAUCAACCAAUUCAGAACUGAGAGUACUGGAUGUGGACCCUGACCAAAAGUCUGCUUUGGCCUGUAAUGACCUGGUUAAAUGUAUUCAGGAUCUGGAUAAAGAAGUGCAAAGGUUGAGAAAUCUUCUGCUGAAGUUGCAGAAUGACCAAGAGCAAGCUCCCAGUCGGGUACCAGCAUUGCAAAGUUACUUCCGUCCCAAUCGAUUCUUGAAGAAAGUAGCAAUUGGCCUGUUUGGAACUGGAUUUAUUUAUUUUCUCAUAAAACUACGUGUUCUGAGAAAUUAAGCUGGAAAUUAAAAUUUUCUUUGACUCUUGAUUUUAUUUAUUUGAAAGAUAUUUGGUUCUUGGCAUCAAUCUGCUCAGAGAAGACUGCUACUAUUCUCCAAUAAUUGUAUUUUUGUUUAAGCUAAAACAAUGGUGCCAUUUAAAGGAACACUUGAAUUACUGAUACUGUAUCUGAGAUGGAUAUACUUGUAAAUAAUUGCUGUUAUUCUGAUUACCACAUUGUUCUUAUAUUAAGACACGCUGCAUAUACUCAAUAUAUUUUCUUGCCCAGGAGCCUUCAAAUGAUGAGACCCUCGUGUGACACUUUUUCAUUCAGAAGUUAAAUCAGUGUUGGAUAUCAAAAAGAAAACUUGUUAUUCCAAAAUAUUAUUAUUAGAUUACAGCCAUAAACAAUAUUUACAAGCAAUUCAACAGUAAUUUUGAUAGGCUUACAGAUUUCUGGUUACAACUUAGGCAUCUUUGUAUCUGGGGAUUAGAUAUAAUAGAGUUAAUGGACCUUUAUUCAGAUAGUUUAGUGUUUGUCAAUAAAUACUUGAUGCAGCGUUGUCAAAUUUGAUGCAUCAUGUUGUUCAAUAUGUGAUGGCUUAUAAAAAUACUAAUGACUAAUUCAGAUUUUUCUUAAUACUGGGACCUUGUUCGGUCUGGGAGGGUCAAAUAUAAAUGUAAGUGUUUUUCUAGCUAUGUAAGAUUGAUUUAUGUAACUUUCUGAAGGAAUUCUCUGAUGGACGAGGGGAAAGCAUCUUCAGGUACAAUUGAAGUUGUUUUCAUCUUGAUUAUCAAAGGUAAUUUUGUUAAAAUAUUUGGAUUUCAAAUACUUGGUUAUAGAAUAUAAAAAGUGAUUUCUCUGUUAUCAUCUUCGAGAUCUCUGCCCAAGGAAGGUUCGAGCACAGAGCCGUGACUUCCAAAAGAGGUAGCAAGGAUAUAGGUCCAAAAUCUACUCCAGCCUGAAAUGGAGAUCAAGCCCCUUGCUGUUGGCAGCAGUCUGAAACACACUGGUCAUACAGCCAAAUUACCCUCCCUCCCCCACCCCAGGGAGUCUGAGUCGCAGGGGUAACAUACCAAUUUGCAUAUUUAUAACUAGGAGCAUUAUGGUGGAAAUUCUAAUUUCUUUCCAUUGUAUGGCCAUCCUGGUGAUAUGUGCCACUCCUAACAGGGAUUUUCCAGUUAAUCCUCCAUUUAUUAUGCAUAUUCCUUUGGUAUCAAGCCCUGGAAUGGGACUUGAAACCAGAAAUAAUAACAGAAAUUGUUGGAAAAUCUCAGCAACUUUGACAGCAUCCGUGGAGAGAAAUUAGUUAGUGUUUCAGAUCCAGUGACCUUUCCUCGUAACAGAAGUCCUACCAGCCAGGCGUCUGUGUCAGAAAUGAGACACUA